AAAUGAGUUGAGUAUAAUUCUUUUCUGCAUGAAAGGUUAUAUAUAGUAAAUUGCUUUCUACAAAUAGCUUUUGUUUUAUUACUAAAAAAGGGACAGUGCUUCUGAAAUGAGUUGAGUGAGUUUGUAGCUGCUUGUUAUAUGCUGUUUUUGUUGACACUUUCACAAUUUAUUUCUGUAAAUCAUGCUCCCAUAUUAAUUGUUGGGCUUUCCUUUCCAGGGUAUGGGAUUGUGAGGAGGCCACUCUCCUCAAUGGUUUUGACAAUCAUGAUUUUCCAGAAAGGGAAUUUCUAAACUGUCUUUGGAAUGAGCUUGAUGACAGCUUGUUGCUUCAACCGAUGGAAAUAUCCGAGUUUGGAAAGAUUAUACACUGAGGGGGAACAGAAACUCGUUACUGCGUUUUCUUCUAUCCAAGGUCACAAAUCUGGUGUGCGGAGUUUGAAUGCAGUUUUGGACUGGCAGCAGCAGUCUGGGUAUCUUUAUUCAUCUGGGGAGAUAUCAUCCAUCAUGCUUUGGGAUCUGGAUAAUGAGCAACUUGUUAAGCCAAUACCGUCAGCCUCGGAUUGCAGUGUCUUGGCACUGGAUUCUUCUUAAGUUCAUGCUGGUCAAUUUGCAGCUGGUUUUGUGGAUGGUUCUGUCAGACUAUAUGACAUCCGGACACCCGUCAUGCUGGUUUGCACAACUAGGCCGCACACUCAGCAAAGUAGAAAGAGUCGUCGGUAUUGGCUUUCAACCUGGACUUGAUCAAGGAAAGAUUGUUAGUGCAUCCCAGGCCGGUGAUAUUCAGUUCCUCGAUAUUAGAAAUCAGAGAGAUGCAUACCUUACAAUAGUUGCUCACCGAGGAUCGCUUACAGCUUUGGAUGUUCACAGACAUGCCCCGAUAAUUGCCAGUGGGUUGGCAAAACAGCUAAUCAAAGUCUUCAGUCUGGAAGGCAAGCCACUUGGCACCAUUCAGAAGCAACAUACAUUCAUGGCGCAGAAGAUUGGUUCUGUGAGCUGCCUUACCUUCCAUCCCUACCAAGUCUUACUCGCUGCCAGUGCGUCCGAUACCUGUGUAUCUAUCUAUGCUGAUGACAACUCUCAUACAAAGAUGAUAUUUGAUUGUUUGGGGAAGUGGGAGAUCCAAGUUAAUGGUUGCAAAAGAAAUAUUCAAGUCCAGAUCAGCAUUUGGGAAUAUGCUGCUGCCAGAUUUGCAAUUCCACUGUGGAUGUAUAUUCAUUCUGAAUGUUAUAUAGAGAGAGAGGUGGAUGCAUUGUAA